UUGCUGGUUGUGCUUUCUAUCGGUGCCUGGUCACACUGGCCAUUAUGCAUGCACUUCGUAAUUUUGCCGGCAAUGGAAUAGCAAAUGCAAUUGGCUGCGGAUUCAGACGCCGGCUCAGCUAUGUCCUGGGCAUCGAGACCUCCUGCGACGACACGGGCAUCGCCAUCGUGGACACCACGGGCCGAGUGAGGGCCAAUGUGCUGGAGUCGCAACAAGAGUUCCACACCCGCUAUGGAGGCAUCAUCCCGCCCAGGGCCCAGGACCUUCACCGCGCCCGCAUCGAGUCCGCGUACCAGCGCUGCCUGGAGGAGGCGCAAUUGAAGCCGGAGCAACUGACGGCCAUCGCGGUGACCACGCGUCCCGGACUGCCGCUGAGCUUGCUGGUGGGCGUGCGCUUUGCACGGCACCUGGCCCGUCGCCUGCAGAAGCCCCUGCUGCCCGUUCACCACAUGGAGGCCCACGCGCUGCAGGCCCGCAUGGAACAUCCGGAGCAGAUUGGCUUCCCCUUCCUCUGCUUGCUGGCCAGCGGCGGUCACUGUCAGUUGGUGGUGGUUAACGGUCCCGGUCGCCUUACGCUUCUUGGCCAAACACUGGAUGAUGCGCCCGGCGAGGCCUUUGACAAGAUUGGACGGCGACUACGCCUGCACAUUCUGCCGGAGUACCGCUUGUGGAACGGAGGACGGGCCAUUGAGCAUGCCGCCCAGCUGGCCAGCGAUCCGCUGGCCUACGAGUUUCCGCUGCCACUCGCCCAGCAGCGGAACUGCAACUUCAGCUUCGCGGGCAUCAAGAACAACUCCUUCCGCGCCAUCCGCGCGCGAGAGCGGGCAGAGCGGACGCCUCCGGACGGAGUCAUCAGCAACUACGGCGACUUCUGCGCCGGCCUGCUGCGCGCUGUCAGCCGGCACCUGAUGCACCGCACCCAGCGGGCAAUUGAGUACUGCCUCCUGCCGCACAUGCAGCUCUUCGGUGACACCACGCCCACACUGGUCAUGUCCGGCGGUGUGGCCAACAACGAUGCCAUAUACGCCAACAUCGCCCACCUGGCCGCGCAAUACGGCUGCAGGAGCUUCCGGCCAUCGAAGCGGUACUGCUCCGACAACGGCGUCAUGAUCGCCUGGCACGGCGUGGAGCAACUGCUGCAGGAUAAAGAGGCCAGCAUGCGCUUCGACUACGACCGCAUCGAUAUCCAGGGCAGCGCGGGAUUCGCCGAGUCGCACGAGGAAGCUGUCGCUGCGGCGGCACUGAAAUGCAAGUGGAUACAGCCACUGGUUUGAUCACUAGCCCCUGUUGUUUUUUAUACAUUCUUACGAAGAUCUAUAGUAUCUGUAAUAAAUGAAUCCUCCUUGUUCA